ACGACUGCGUGGGAAAACAAUGGUCAAUAAAUUGUCCAUCUAAAGUCAAGGCGCCGAAGUAACGGUAUCCCUUAAUGUAAGUUUCGUUUUUGAGAAAUGGAGAAAGACUUCGUAGCAUAGCCUACAUAUAACGCUGCUGCAGAGCUGUUUACAGUCAGAGCAUAUCUGGCAGAAACAGGAGCGACACAAAUGCGACAUGGACAGAAGUAACUGGGUUUUGGCCUUUCUAAUGCAAUGGCUUCUCAUUUGUGUUGGCUCCUCUCCCCUCUCGAGCGUUGUCUACACCUCAUCGAAGGUUGGUCUGCCAGCUGUGCUGCCGUGUACUGUGGCAUCACAGCUGGACUCUGCUCACACGCCUCACAUUCAGUGGCAGACCAUAACCAGUUCAGUGUUUGAGCGAAUGGGAGAGGAACUGUUUCAAGGAGAGGCUUACAGAGACCGGGCGGAUGUGCCUGAGGAAAUGCUUAUGAGGGGGAACUGCUCUCUGUUCUUGUGGGAUGUCAGAUUCAGUGAUGCAGGCAUUUACGAGUGUUACCUGGUGGUUGGUGAAUCAAGUUUCAAGAACCGAAUUUUCAUUCAGAGCGUCCAGCUUGCAGUUGUUGAUCACAAGACUAUCAAAUCUGUGGAGACUGGAGCAGACCUGAUCCUGGAUCUGUACACGCAUCAAGCUGAGCAAGUGAUUUUUCAAAACAGAAAUGACUCCAGCUGGACAGUCUUGUGGGAAAGAGGUGCAGACAUUGGCAAGAAAGGCUAUCCAAAAGAGAGCAACAACAAGUUGUUUUUUAAGAGGGUUACGGCCAGCAGUGCCGGAACAUACAAAGUUCUAGACUCGCAGGGUUUGGCGCUCAGCACAGUGAAGGUCAAAGUUAAAGAACCUGUGCUAGCAAAAGAAACAGAAUCUCUGCGAAUACAUUCUGCAUUAGGUAAAGCUACAAUGAGUAUGCCUCCUUUAAACUUCAUUACUCUUUUCCUCUUAUUUCACCUAAUGCUUCAAAUGAAUUGAAAUCGUUCUCAUUUUCAUUGUUUUUUUUUGUUGUUGUUUUUUUUUUUUUUCAUUUUAACAGUAGCACAUUAUAGUAAGGUCCCAUUAGUUAACUAACAUCAACUAACUACUUACAUCAAAUUUCUUAACAUUAAUGAAUUAAAAUACAAUUUCAUUCUUAGUUCAUAUUAGGUCCAUUAAAUAAAAUUAACAUAUACAACUUUUGAUUUUAAUAAUGUAUUAGUAAAUGUUAAAAUUAAUAUUACCAAGAUUAAUAAAUGCUUUAUACAUAUUUUUCACUGUUAGUUCAUGUUAACUGAUGUAGUUAAUUAAUGUUAACAAAUGGAACCUUAUUGUAAGCUCACUGUAAGUAUGAAGUAAUGUGCGGAUACUUUUGUAGUGGUGUUUUUACUGUAAACUGAAUUGUUAAAUAAAUAAUGAGAGAAUUAAUAUAUAAUAAAUGUAACAAUAUUUAAAAUAUACAAGAAGCUCAAGAAAUAAAGAUAUUUUGGUUACUACAUCUAUAUACUGCAGAACUAAGCAGCAUUUAAGGUGAAUUUCAAGAUUUCUUUUUUUUUUUUCAGUUUACACUAGCAUAGUGUUUAUAAUAUUUGUAUAUUUUUAUAUUUAUCAGUUAGAAUGGCUCUGAAAUCAAAGGGAAGUAUUUGUGUGAGAAUCUUGGAUUGUACUGUCAUUUGUGAGUAUUGUGUGAGAAAGGGCCACAGGACCUGAGUUUGCAUAUUUUUUUGUAGAAUAAUAGGGACUAUGCAAAUAUAUAAGCAGUUGUUUUUAGCUUAGCAGGCGUGCGUUUCCUGUACAAAGACGUAAUUUUGCCAUAGUAUGAUGCAUUGUUGAAGAAAUCAACUAGCUAGUCAUGACCGUUUCCCGAAACUGUAUUGUCAAAAAUUGCGCACUCUUCAAAAAUGCUGUUUUCAAUCUCUUGACAACCUAAAAGACAUAAAUGACAUUUACAUAUAUUCAAAAUAAAAGACUGUACUGAAUGUCAGCUUGCUUAGUUUGCUCAAGAUAUUUAUUAAGUCCACAUGUUAUGCAAACAAAAAACUAUGCUUAACCACAGGUGGAGAGCUGUCGUUACAACCACACAACCUUGUGAUGCUGUUCGCGAAUGUUCGUUGGAAAUAUGGUUUUGGGAAACACCUGUUUCAUAGCAUGCCAGGUCAUAUCACACUCUAAUAAUGACACCUUUUUUUUAACUAAUAGCAAGACAUUUGUUGUAUGAUUGGUUACAUAUACUUGCAAAGAAACGUACAAAAGCCUUUACACUUUUAUUGUUCCACCAUUUCAUAGCAUGAGAGGUACCUGAAAAUUAAGAUUCAGGAAGACAAUAGCCUUAAAAACUUAAAGGGAUAUUUCACUGAAAAAUGACAAUUCUGUCAUCAUUUACUCACCCUCAAGUUGUUCCAAACCUGUAUGAGUUUUUUUUCUUCUGUUGAACACAGAAGAAGAUAUUUUAAAGAGUGUUAGUAACCAAAUAGUUUCUGGUACUUUUUUCAUAUUAUGGAAGUCAAUGGGGACCAGCAGUUUUUUAGUUACCCACAUUCUUCAAAAUAUCUUCUUUUGCGUUCAACAGAAGAAAGAAACUCAAACAGGUUUGGAACAACUUGAGGGUGAGUAAAUGAUGACAGAAUUGUCAUUUUUUUUUAGUGAAAUAUCCCUUUAAGACAAUCUGAUGUGCUGGCUUUAAAUGAAACUGUAAAAUAAGUAACUUUAUUUAUUUUAAUCUAUUAAAAUGGCUGACAUCUAAAUCAUAGCACUGUAUAUGACUUCACCCUUGCUAUAUUAAAGAUGCUUAGUGUACCUAUUA